AUGCCCAGAGGUCAAGAGAGGCGCGGGAGCAGUGUGCUCGAGUACGACCUGCGACCGUUUGCCUCGCUGCCUUGCUGUCUGCUGCAUUCGGUGGCGCUGCACGACUCUGCUGUUGUUGAACAGCCGUCUGCACGCAGGCACAAUUUCGCCCAACACGCCGCCAGCCAAUGGCACGCCGCCCAGCGUAUUGAAAUAGGAGGCUUGCUCACGCUGAUUGACCGCAACCUCGUAAAUGCCACCGCCGAGCGCGCGCCGUCUCGUAUCCACUCAUUCAUCUCAACCUGCGAACUCGCGGCGCUGUCGCCCUCCAUUCUGCGUCGCCUGCUGUCCUUGGCUGCCGGCCCUGCGAAUCUCCGGCUGUCAAACGUCGUGCCGGGCUGUUGCGGCACUCUGGGUUUUGAGCCUCCUGUCACCCCAUCUGUGCGCCCGAAUUGUGCCAAGACAGAGCCCUCACAGCCAAUCGAACGAGGACAGCGUCGACCAAUUUGGCCAGACGAGGCAUCAAGUAUGGUCCUUGUACGCUGA